AUGAUCACAGCGUUAUUGACCAGACUGUCAGUCAUCAUUAUCACAGCGUUAUUGACCAGACCGUCAGUCAUCAUUAUCACAGUGUUACUGACCAGACUGUCAGUCAUCAUGAUCAUAGUGUUACUGACCAGACUGUCAGUCAUCAUUAUCACAGUGUUACUGACCAGACUGUCAGUCAUCAUUAUCAGUGUUAUUGACCAGACCGUCAGUCAUCAUUAUCACAGUGUUACUGACCAGACUGUCAGUCAUCAUGAUCAUAGUGUUACUGACCAGACUGUCAGUCAUCAUUAUCACAGUGUUACUGACCAGACUGUCAGUCAUCAUUAUCACAGUGUUACUGACCAGACUGUCAGUCAUCAUUAUCAGUGUUAUUGACCAGACUGUCAGUCAUCAUUAUCACAGUGUUACUGACCAGACUGUCAGUCAUCAUUAUCACAGUGUUACUGACCAGACUGUCAGUCAUCAUUAUCAGUGUUAUUGACCAGACCGUCAGUCAUCAUUAUCACAGUGUUACUGACCAGACUGUCAGUCAUCAUUAUCACAGUGUUAUUGACCAGACUGUCAGUCAUCAUUAUCACAGUGUUACUGACCAGACUGUCAGUCAUCAUUAUCACAGUGUUAUUGACCAGACUGUCAGUCAUCAUUAUCACAGUGUUACUGACCAGACUGUCAGUCAUCAUUAUCACAGUGUUAUUGACAGCCUGCUGCUCCGAGAGUGAUGCUGAUCACCCUUUCUGUUCCAUAAUUAAGCAGGUCGACAACAGACUCAUGUAG